AUGCAGGAAGAGCAGAGGAACCUCUUUCUGAGUAGUCGGGAUCGACACCCUUCCAGUGAGGCUGCUGUGUUCAUCGAGAACCAUGUCGCUCUUUCUGGUGAGCACCGACCCGUUUUCAGUGAACGAGGGGGCGGUUUCGUGUCUCUGAACGAGGCCAAUAAGCAACAGCAAGAAAGGUAUUUGGCCUUGAGCGACAUGAACCCAGUUCUCAUCCCUGCUUACAAAUAUUUAUGCAGUACGGCUUUGUGGAAGGAGGUGGAUGAGGAGAAAGAACGGCUUUUCGAACUGAUGCAACAGGUUCAGAAGAAGCUUUCCAAAGAGCAGUCCUCCGAAGACAUGGUCGACUUGAGAAAAUGUAGCUGGAGAGAGGUGAUGGGGCAGGUUCAAAAAACAGCACAGCGGUGGAAGCUACGACCAAAUAAGCAAGGCAGGACAAUGGUAUUUAUCGACAAACUUGGUCGACACUCUUCUGCUUUGGAGAGUUGGCUCGGUCUCUUGCCGUCUGGUGAUUAUGGAUCAAGUAUCUGUGGUGUAUUCAAACUGGCAAUUGGGGCCGCUGGGCAAUAUGGAAAAGUCGAGGAAUCCAUAUUCGAAGCCCUGUCCGAGAUCCCCAUCAUCAUGGAGAGUGCAGGUCGAUACGUCGACAUGUACUGGAAAAUGCGAGAUCAGUAUCUUGAGCAACGAACCUUUGAGCUCUUCCGGGCUAUUCUGCAAUUGCUUCGUUACGUCAUGCAAUUCUUUGCUGACGGCAAGACCAGGAAGGUUUUCGAGGGCAUGAUGAAGCAGGAAGGGUAUAAAGCAGAGAUAAACGAGAGUCUUGAGGAGAUCAGAAAACGUGCUCAGGCCGUCAACAAUGAAGCACAACAAUGCCAGGCGCGGAUGGUCUUCAAGAUCUCUGAUAAGCUUGACGAGAACAAGGAACAAGCCCAUGUGAUCUUCCAGAUGCUGAACGAGCUCUUACUCACGCACCCUCGAUUACGGUCUGAUUCACAAGGUAAUGGCUCGAAGUUCCAAACCUAUUCACCGCAGAAAAGCCAUCGCAUUUCCGGCUCAGAAUCCCACGGAAAAGUAACCGGCUACGACUGGGUUAACGCAGACCACCUAGCCCCUAGUGAUCUAGGCGACUCCCCAGAACAACAGUCACCACUACGAAGGACAUCGUCUCCAUUCAUGCAACAUAAUAGCAGUAUGAACAACGUAACCGAAGCUAAAAGCCGAAGAAGACAACUGCUCGAAUGCCUCCGGUACGACAAAGAAGCCUUGUCCCAAGAUAUAUCUUCUUUCAUACGUCUUGGGUAUCACUUGAGCAACCACGAGAAGUCCAGAGCAGCAGCGAUGAUCACAAGUGACCAAUUCAAGUCUUUCAUGCAAGAGACGCGGCUUUCCACUUGUCUAUUAGUUAAUGGACGGCAAGACCUUGCGACUUCGAACAAUCUAUCUCCAUUGAGCCUCGUGGUCGCAGAGCUAGCAAACAAGUCUCAAGAACAGGGUUCGGAUCUAGGUCCUGUUUUUGUCAUCAGUUAUUUUUGUGCUGCUCGUCAGUCCUUUCCCACUACCAAUGCGUCUGUAUCCCAGAAUUCGGCCGCGGGCAUGAUGGCAAGCUUAGUAGGCCAGCUCAUUGAGCAACUAGGCGAUCGCAGCAUUAUCGUUGACCUCUCAUUUAUGACCAGCAAAACCUGGCGUAAAGUAGAGGAGCUGGACCCCAAGACGCUUUGCAGGAUCUUUCGGAAAUUGAUCGGACAGACUCCACCUGGCAGUGCAAUUCUCUGCAUGAUCGACGAGAUCUCACUGUAUGAGACCCAGACGCUAGAGUAUCAGACGAGUUUUGUCAUGGAAAGACUGGUUCAAUUGGUACAUCGAGAACAAGACGAUGCGCAGCAAAUUUUUAAAUUAUUAGUUACCUGCCAAGAUCGGGCUCUUGGAAUAUCUCAAUUAUUCCCAGGCUGUACUCUCGACUUGCCGGAGGAGAUUGAGAUAGAUGAUACCGCGGAUUGGGCGAUCUCAGCUAUGUAG